AUGUCUACCCAGGGUUGCGACAUAAUACGGCGCUUUCGCCUCUCUGGCAUACGCCACGGGGAAUACUCUGUUGACAGCAUGCAGCUCGCACGGAUUUCUGGGCGUCGGUUUGCGCUGCCCUGCGCUGCUCUGACGUUCGGCGCCUUCGGGCUUGGUCAUGCACUGAGCACGAUCGGUCGUUCAACGUUCGCUCGAUUGUCUGGAUGUUAUGCUCAGUUCCGAUACUCUCCACGUUCCACCCGUCUCUACGUCCCACGACGGGUUGCUUCCACAUGUUCUUCGGAUGGAGCGGGCAUCGAUGUUGGUCUCACCCAGGCUCGACGCGCACCCCGCCGCGGCGCUCAUAGUGUCAGGUGUGCAGUUCUUGACGGUCAAGUAAAGCGACUAUGUGUGCGCGUGUGGCCGCAUUCGAGUCUAUCCGCUGUACGCGGAGCUGCCAAUGUCGCGAAGGAUGUGCUACGAGAUGUAUAUGCGGGCGGAGUCCUCAAACGGCGAGCUCAGUUCAAGUACUUGAUUGAGCCUACCAGUCGCAUACCCAGUCCAGGACCUGACGCGCGCGGGCCCCCACGACGGAGCUUUCUGAAGCAUCAGUGUACCUUCGAUCGUGGAAGUAGGAUGGAUGUGUACGCCGCCGUACAUUCCUCGUUGCAGUGCUGGUACAGCUAUACUUGUCUCAGAGCCGAUGUCCCCCGCAAGAAGCAAGCCAAACAAGACACGAGGACCGGCGUACUUCGCAUUAUGACAGCCACUUCCUCCCGCGCCCGACUUCUCAAUAGAGUCGGUCCACGCAGACCUUCCUUCGACUACGUAACUCGCCGAUGGGUGCUGGACCUAGUGCACGAGAACGGUGCGCGCCGUCGACCGUCGGGGACCUGGCGUCUACGAAGUACACGACUUUGGCACGCGUCACACCAGCGCGCAACUUUGCCGCAUGGAUCUACACGACCCUGGACGUCUCUUGAUACGCGGUCGAACGCCUUCUGCUUCUUUGCACCCUCGGUCUUCCAGCUUGACGCCGUUUACAAUCUCGUCUGCGUAGACCUUCCUUCGGUUCCUCGAGCCGCCGAGGCGAGCCCUUGA